AUGACUGACUUUGCCGCCUUUCGCGAUUACCAAACGCGCUCCACCAUCGUGGCGGAGAAGGAGCGCGCCGUGGAGCUCCGCCGCCGCGUGCUGCAGGACCUCGCGCAGAACGUGCAGCUCCUCGGCGACGAGUGCCGGCGGCGGGAGGAACAACUGCAGGCGGAGCACCACCGCUACGCCCACCGCCGGGCCGCCCAGGACGAGAAACUCGCCGCGAAGGAGCGGCAGGCGCAACUGCAGCGCGAGCGGGUCGCCGCCCUCGAGGCGGAGGAAUCGCGACUCCGCGCCGCCCUCGCCGACCGCCUCGCGCAGCAGUCGCAACUGCGGGACGACAUUCAGGCCGGCGCGGCGCUGCGGGAAAAACUGCGCGAGGCCGCCGCCGGCGUGGCGCGACUGAAGUGCCGGCGGGAAGAACGCGACGGGGAAGUCGCCGCGCUGGAGGCACACGCCGCGCGGGCGGAGGAGUUGUUGCAGCGACGACACACACACGUGGAGGAGCGGCUGCCGGGGUGUUGGCUCCCACGCGUAGAGACAGCACGCGGCGUCGGACUAGAGGACACCGCCGGCGAAAGUAUCCUCCUCAUUGAUGAGUUCAACUAG